AUGCCAAGAAUUCCAGAAACCAUUUUCACAUUCUUCAUGUUAAUUUGUGAAAUAAAUGCCGUUGGAAUUUUGGUACAGAAUAAAAUUUUGGACGUUCCAGCCCUGGCUACGUAUGAAAUCAUUGGCUUGAAAGGUUGUGCAAAACAAUGCAUAAGACGCAGUGGUCAGUGUCUUGCUUUUACUUAUCAGAAGAAACACCUGCUUUGUAAUCUCCUGGACACCACCUCCGCUAUUGUUCCGGACAAACUGAAGGCAAAAGAUGGAUUUACUUACAGCGAAAUAAACACCUGGUCGGAAGAUCUUGGAAAAUGUAAAACAGUCAACUGUCCGGUUGGUAAAACGUGUUUAGAAUUGUCAUCUGGGAAAACAUCCUGCCAGUUUGAUCCGACAGCCUGUCCGAUGGGAACAUUCUUCAAUGGUAGCGGCUGUCCACUUUGUCCAGAGGGAGAAUACCAACCUUCCAGUGGUCAGCGGAACUGUUCCAUUUGUCCAGAAGGAGAAGGACCCACAUGGAAAAUGUCUACAAUCACUAGAACCAUUUGCCAAGGUUGUUGGUAUGGAAUUGGAACGUACACAGAGGGAGAUGACAGUAAGCUGAUAUCUACACAUACUGUAGCUGACCGUGGAGGAUGCUACUCACUCUGUAAAGCCGACCCUAACUGUCUGGCUGUUAAAAGCACCCAGUCCAAUACCAAGUGUGCCCUUUUCUCUAGCAAGACAUGGAAAUAUGGCUACGUCCUCGACUCUGUCGUCAUUCUUGUCCGCGGCCAUUGUAGACCUUAA